AUGGCCGAGAAGCUUAACGUUAAGUCAAAUUCUGUCGAUCAAUUGCGUGAUCAAACAGGUUUUCUCCUAGCUUUUCAAGAUAAGACGUUUUUUACAGCCAAUAUUAAUUUUGAAAAGUCUUUCAUAGUCUUUGGGAUCUCAAUAUCUUGUAGAUCCAUGACUUCAAUGUCUUUAAUGUUAUCUUUAGAUAUGAAGGAAAGUAUGAAAAACAGAACUGUUACUAGUAAUUCAGUAUCUAGGAAUUACAGAAAACUUAUACCAUCAAGUUUAAGAGUAUUACGUCUAGCAAUAUUUAAUAUUUCUUUAAGCUUGUCAUAA